AUGCGCAACAUCUUAAUUCGGCAUCCACACGAAUGGAACUGUGCUAAGCUGCUGCACCGAGCUUCGCAGGACGUGCAGCGUGGCUCCAAGCCAAAGGGGUUCGGAUCUUCGGCACCGCGAUUCCGGGCAAAGACUUCGGAAGUGCCAGGACCCGGCUCCUACAGCUUGCCGAGGCUCUUCGAUGCUCCCAGCCCGGUGAUGAAGAAGACGCGGAAGCUGCCAGCUUUCUUCGAGGAGCCCGGCAACGACAUCGAAAUGGCCCCGUUGCAAAAGGUCAUCACCGAGGACGGUCCGGACAACACUGACUGGGAGGACGUCCAGGACACGACGCAGGCGUGGUUCAUCGCGAGCUACACCACGCCCUUGCCAACCCUCUCGGACGAUCGGAUGGCAGAGAUCGACGAGAUCGUUGCGCGGAUGGAGGGAGGGUUGUGA